AUGAUAAAGAAAUGGAGAGCGUAUAGUAAUACAAAAUCAAUUAGAUACGGUUUGCCAUUUGUUAUAUUUAUCAUAGGAGGAUCAUUUGGUUUACGAGAAUGGACACAGAUAAGAUAUCAAUUUUCGAAUGUUAAAGGUGUUACCAAGGAUGAAGCUGAAAAAAUGGGUCUACAUAGAGAGAGAAAUGUUACUUUAGAAGAAGCAUAUGAAGAAAUUAAAAGUCUAGAUAUUGACAAUUGGGAAAAUAAAAGGGGACCUAGACCAUGGGAACAAAAUAUAGAGGAAACAAAA